UUUGAUAAUCGAAGAAUAAAUAUGAAAAACCCCUUGUUAUAUAAAAGUCUGAAAUGCUCCGUAGGAAGAAAGACAAAAGUAUGAGUAAAACGUUGAAAAUAUACUAAAAUAGGAUUUUCAUGUUUUUAUUCUUGAAAUAUGAGUUAAAAUGCAUUUAUAUUAUCAAACAUGAUCAUGUGCACUACCAAAAAGUAUAGUAAUGUGCGCAGUGACACAUUAUCACAAUGCGAAUUCUUAUUUAAGAAAUAAAAACAUGAAACUUAUAUUUUAAUACUUUUUUUUUAUGUUUUAGUCAUAUUAAAAACCAUUUAUCUAAUAAAAUAUUGAACAAAAACGGAGAAACAACUGAAGCAUCCGUCUACUCCGAUUCCUCCACAGAUGCAAGCGAAAAUGAGCAGCAGUCCCGUCUCACUCGCUCUGUUCGUUCCACUCCCUUCGAGAAGCCGGACCAAAUCUCAGAGUCCGCCGGAAACUCUCCGCCCUGGGAUCCGAAAAUCGGCAUUUAAAAUUUGCUGUAAACGAACGGAUUACUAUUCCGGAAGCACCAAAACCGAGGCGGGUCAUCUCCAACUCUCGGUUCUUCGUUUCACUCUCGGAAUACCUGGACUGGAUGAAUCGUACUUACCGAGAUAUAUAGGGUACAUACUUGGCUCGUUGCUAUUGUUGAACCACUUUAUUGGCUCGGAUUCUUCCGCCAUCACAGCAGCUCAGCUGAGAACAGAGGUUUUAGGCCUUUCUCUAGCUGCAUUUUCUGUAGUUAUCCCCUACCUUGGGAGAUUUCUAAAGGGUGCUCUUCUUCAUGAUGAAAGGAAUCUUCCUGAAGACACGAACCAAAUCUUUGUCAUCUCACAAAAUGUUCCGGAUUCUCUCAAGGAGGAUUUGGCUUGGGGAACAUAUACUCUGUUGCGCAAUACAAACACGUUUUCGGUGCUUAUCUCAGCGCAAGAUGCAUUGUGUGUGCGUGGCUACUGGAAAACUCCACAAGAUGUAUCAAAAGACGAUGCAUGUAAUUGGGUUGAGAAACAAAUUCUGCAACUUGGUCUAAUAAGCUUGAAGGAUACACUUUAUUUUCCGCAAACUACUGAUCCUGCACUUUGGGAGCUGCUUCCCAAGGGGACUCGAUCCCUCCUAGUACAGCCACUGAUGUGUUCUCCUUAUCCAAGUUACAAGGACCCUGCAAAAAGUGAGGGUUUUGUCCUGGUAGCUUCUGGAAGCAAUUUUGCUUAUGACGAUAAAGACAGAGACUGGAUUAAAGCAGUUGCUGCAAAAUUUAUAGAUAGCUAAAGCUGGAUUCCUUACGCGCUGGUCUGGUCAAGACUCAAGAAAGUUACCUUGGUGGCAUUACCAUUAACUGCAGCAUUAUGAAUCGGCUGUUCGUGGAGGCAACCAUAUUGUACAAUAGCAAUAGGAUCAACACCCCAACAGAAGCAGAGAAAGCAGAUGGUUUCAAGGAAAAAUGAAAAAAAAAAAGCCAAAAAAAAUUGAUGAACCUAGAAGGAUCUAACGACCUAGUCCCAAAAUGGAAGGUGUAAAGAGGAAAUAUACUAGAAAAAAUAGGAUUGGGCAGUCUCCUGGUUUGGCUAUUAGGUCAGGAAAGAUGCCUGAGCCUUCAGCAUUUAACCCUCAAACUCCUAAUUUCUUAGCUGAGGGAAGGAAGAGAAAAGGUACUCACAACGCAUCAAAACAUGGCUUGAAAUCAUACAAACGAGACAUCAAUUUCAAUGUGGAAAAUCUUGUUGAAGAAAAUAAAGAAGCACAUUGUCAUAGAGACAGAUAUGGAAAAUGUAAUCUCAACUCCGCCAAGCAAUAAUGCCACUUAUCUCAUUUAUGCAGAUGAAAGGGUCUUGAAGGCAAUAAGAAGGUAAACAAUAA